GCUCGCCCCGCGACGAUGCCUCGCCGCUCCGGCGCCGCGCUCCUCGCCCUCGCGGUGCUCCUGGCCGCCGCCGCGGCCGCGGUCCCCGGGGCCGCCGGGUUCCACCUCGGCGGCGACGAGAGCGGCCUCGUGCGGGGCAUGCUCGCCGCGAUCCGCGAGCAGGCCGAGGCAGAGGACGCCGCGCGCUUCGCCGUCGCCGAGCACAACAGGAACCAGGGUUCUGCCUUGGAGUUUGCACGGGUGGUGAUUGCGAAACGGCAAGUGGUCGCUGGGACCAUGCAUGAUCUGAUGUUGGAGGUGGUUGACGCUGGAAAGAAAAGUCUAUACAAGGCAAAGGUCUGGGUGAAGCCGUGGGAAAAUUUCAAGGCAGUUGUUGAGUUCAGUCAUGCUGGGGAGUCCCAGUCCGAGUCUUCCUUUGCUUCUGAUGGUAGCGCGGGGCAAGUUAUUCCCAAGCUCUCUGUUCAGGCCCACAUGUCACGGAAGACUCGCAUGCACAUCAGUGAAAACAAUGUACUCUCUGUCGACACCUCAUCCUCUUCUCAGGCAUAGAGGGUGUAAAGUUAGCUUCCAGGAGAGGAAUAUAAGGCGUGAAGGUCAGAACCUGACGUCUUAAAAUGUUUGGUGGCAGCAACCUGUGAACUGUAGUUUCCUGUGUGUAAAGUUUUCAUCCACUGUUAGUCUGCUUACUAAAUGGCAUCUAGAUAGUAAUAUGCUGUUAAGCAGACAUGCUCCGAGCCUUUACAUAUGGCCUCCGUAUAUUUCUUUCGAAACGUGUGGACUCUGUACUUAUACGGCAUACAGUUAAUGUUCAUGUGUGUACAUAGUAGUAUGACAUUUGUGCUGCUGCCUUCA